GAAAAACACCUUAAUGUUUCAAAGAAAAAUUAAAAGAAGAAGUGAGUCUUUAAACUAGGCGUAGGAGCAGUAGUAAUCUCCGUCCGCCAUUAAUGUAGUCUCUUUAGGUUUUCCCUCCAUUCCCAAUUCCUCAAUCUUCCCCUCUUUUUCUUCUGGAGACUUUGCUUUCGCAUUCUCAAUGGCCGCCACUAUUGCCUUCAACGUUGUCAGAGCUCCGGCUAAACUUUCAGGCCCAUUUCGCUGCUCUUCUCCUCUCCUCGGUGGCCUUCGAUCAUCGACUCAGCUUCUUCCUGGUCUUUCUUUCCAACGUACACCUUCAUCCUCAUUUUCAUCAUCUGGUAUCAAGACUCAGGUUGCAGCCGUUGAGCAAUCGAGUGUUGCUUCUGUAGCUAAGAAUUUGGAGGGGCCUGUGGUUGUGGUUACUGGGGCUUCGAGAGGGAUCGGUAGAACAAUUGCUCUUACUUUGGGCAAAUCUGGUUGUAAGGUACUUGUAAAUUAUGCAAGGUCAUCAAAGGAGGCUGAAGAAGUUUCCAAGGAGAUUGAGGCACAUGGUGGUGAAGCUCUUACUUUUGGUGGUGAUGUCUCAAAAGAAGAAGAUGUAGAGUUGAUGAUCAAAACUGCAGUUGAUGCAUGGGGAACAGUUGAUGUCUUGAUCAAUAAUGCAGGAAUAACUAGGGAUGCAUUAUUGAUGAGAAUGAAGAAAGCCCAGUGGCAAGAUGUGAUUGAUCUAAAUCUUACCGGUGUCUUUCUUUGCACUCAGGCUGCAGCUAAAAUAAUGAUGAAAAAGAGGAAGGGGAGAAUUGUGAAUAUAGCAUCUGUUAUUGGUCUGGCUGGAAAUGCCGGUCAAGCGAACUACAGUGCUGCGAAAGCUGGUGUGAUUGGUUUCACCAAGUCCGUUGCAAAAGAAUAUGCCAGCAGGAAUAUUAAUGUCAAUGUUGUAGCUCCUGGUUUUAUUGCAUCCGAUAUGACUUCCAAACUUGGAGAAGACAUAGAAAAGAAGAUCUUGGAGAUCAUUCCCCUAGGACGAUAUGGUCAACCUGAGGAAGUAGCUGGACUGGUAGAAUUCUUGGCACUUAACUCUGCAGCUAGUUAUAUUACUGGACAGGUUUUUACAAUUGAUGGCGGAAUGGUGAUGUAAAGCCUGAGUUCGCAAUAUUGCAUGCUUCAAGAACAAGUCUUUUUUUUUUUUUUUUCGAGUUUCACUCUUAGAUAGAUUCUUAUUUUCUGCUGAAAAUUACAUAAGAUAGGAGAGUAUAAUUUGCUCUGUUUUUGAGGGGAUUUUUGUAUGCUUUAUUUUGAACUAUUAUGGGUUUUAAAAUAUUCUAUGGAAACAUCAAAAUAUCAAAUGCAAAAGAACAAAGAAAGUCUUUUCUAAGUUAACUUUA